CCAGAGGCAGCAGAGGGGCAGAGGAGAGAGCUCCUGGAAACAUCUGGAGAGAGCAGCUGCGCACUGAGGGCUGCAGGAUGCGCGUCUUCACUCUCCUCUGGACACUCGGGUUCCUGCUGAAAGAGGCGCAGGCAUGGGGCUUCAAAAACGGAAUAUUUCAUAAUUCAAUAUGGCUGGAACAAGCAGCUGGAGUUUACCACCGGGAAUCGCGCAAAGGGAGAUACCAGCUGACUUAUAAAGAGGCCAAGGCUGUCUGCAAAUACGAGGGAGGGACCCUGGCCACUUAUGAACAACUGGAGGCUGCUCGUCAGAUAGGUUUCCAUGUGUGUGCAGCUGGAUGGUUCGACAAAGGACGUGUUGGCUACCCCAUCGUCAAAGCUGGUGUCAAGUGUGGUUUUGGGAAGGUUGGCAUCAUCGACUAUGGAUACAGGCUGAACAAAAGCGAGAGAUGGGACGUAUACUGCUACAACCCAAACUCCAAGGAGUGUGGCGGAGUGCUGACAGAUCAGCAGAAGAUCAUCCAGUCUCCGGGUUUCCCUGAGGAGUACCAGGAUGAACAGAUCUGCUACUGGCACAUCCGAGUCCGCCUGGGCCAGAGGAUCCGCCUCCGCUUCCUGGAGUUUGAUGUGGAGGACGACAUGGCGUGUCUAGCAGAUUACCUGGAGGUGUACGACAGCUACGAUGACGUCUCAGGCUUUGCUGGGAGAUUCUGUGGUGAUUAUUUACCUGAUGAUAUCAUCAGCACAGGAAACGUGAUGACGUUAAAGUUCCUCUCCGAUGCUUCAGUUAUAGCCGGGGGCUUCCAGUUGGAGUACACUGCCUUUAAUGCAUCUCUGUUCUCACAGAAUCACACCCACUAUUUUCACUGACUGAUGGUUUAAUACACUGAUGCAAUCCUGUUGCUGUAUUUAUAAUGUCAUUGGUUACCUCAUGUACUGUAAUGAAUGAGUCUUUAUAGCUCAGUAAAGAAAUAAUUCUGUCAAAUAAACAA